GCCAAGGUUUUGUACCUACUUUGUAGAUUUUCGAACUGUCAAAUAAAAGUUUAUAUCGCUUCUAAAAUAUUUUUGAAGAUGAUUUUUGAGUAAAACUGUUGACGAAAAUCAAUUUUUAUUGAUGUUGAGUGAGACAUAACAUUUGAUUUAUUUUAAAAUGGAUUCAGAGCAUGUGCUUCAGGGUGAUGUUUCCGAUGGCGCGGAAAUGUCUCCUUUAGAUGAAAAUCAACCUGAAAUAUUGGAAGAAAUUGAUGAAAAUAAUAUUAAACCUGAUGAGGCUGAGGUUGCACAAACACCUGAUGAUGCAAUUGCAAAUGGAAGUGCACCUACAAGUAGUAGUGAGUUACUUUCCCUGGAUCAGGAGCUUGAAGAUAUUAAGAAAGAGGAAAAUCUUUCCGAAGACGCCCAAGAUAAUGCUGAGGCAGAAGAUGAAAUGGACAUAGAUGAGACAACUCCUGGAGCUGUUGGAGAUGAUUCAAUUGGAGCCUACAUUGGUGAUAAUUGCUUGUCUACCCCAAUUACCACAGAGGAGAAUUCCCCUCAAGAUGAGGGUCACCUGGAUGGCAUUGUGAAAUCUGAUGAGAUGGAGGGUGAACCAGAAGAGAUGGGACCACAGGAAGAAUCUCCAGAUCAAUCUAUAAGUUCUGCCAUGCCCAUGGAAGGGGAUGGAGUUGAUAUUAAAGAUGAGUCCAGCACAAUGGAUGAUGAUAUUGGUGGUGCUGAAGGUGUAGCAAGCAGUGAUGAUGUAAAUGACAUCAGCAGUGCAGCACAUGAAUCACUAGCUGUGGCUAUCAGUUUUGGUGAUGCUGACACUUCCCAGGAUAUGGAGGGAGCAGCAGACACAAUGCCAACAGAGAGUGAUUCUAUGCCGCUCCUGACAAUGACUGCCAAUGGAUCUGCCAUACUGACAUCAAGUCUUAUUAAAGUCGAAGAGGAUGGUGGCAUGGGCGGUGUGUCGUCGUCGGUGGGCGACGAGGACGAGGAGGAGGAGGCGGCUGAGACGGCGGACGAGGCCGAAGGUGCCGUCAGCAGCUCGGCCGACCAGCCGCUGCCGCCCACUGACGCGGCGCACGCGCUCGCGACCCUGGCCAGCGCCGCGCUACAUCAUCACCAGGAGAAGCCCGAGCCUGAGGAGCAGAAACAGAAUGAAGAAGAUAUUUGGUAUACUGUUGGCAUAGUCAAGGGAACCACAUUUACAGUCCAAAACUACAUAUCAGAUCCCAACAUCGACCUCUCAAAUCUAUCAUUGGACAACCUGCCCGAUCUCACCGGCUAUGCGACCUUACCUCUAGAAAAUGGCACCGCCUACAAGUUCAGAAUUUCGGCAAUCAAUUCCUGUGGGAAGGGUGAUUUCAGCGAAGAGUCGGCUUUCAAAACUUGUCUGCCCGGCUUCCCUGGGGCGCCGUCCGCCAUCAAGAUAUCCAAGUCGCUGGAAGGUGCGCACCUCUCAUGGGAACCGCCGCAAAUUGCCGCUGAGGGAAUCUUUGAGUACUCUGUGUAUCUCGCCGUUCGAUCCAAUACGCAACAGAAGGAGGCGUCGAAGUCUCAGCUGGCGUUUGUGCGCGUGUACUGCGGCAAGAGCAACACGUGUGUGGUGCCGCAGUCGUCAUUGAGCGCGGCCCACGUGGACUCCUCCACCAAGCCCGCCAUCAUCUUCCGCAUCGCCGCGCGGAACGAGAAGGGCUACGGCCCCGCCACGCAGGUCAGGUGGCUGCAAGACAUCAGCUCAAGUGCUACGAAGCGUGCGGGCGACAGUCGACUGCCCGGCGCUUCGCCCAACAAACAACCCAAACAAUUGCUGCACUGACAGUCUCAUGUCUGACUUACAGUUAAGAAGUUAUAUUUACAAAUACAGCGGAUGAAAUGGAACAAGAUAACGACUGGUUUUACAUUGGGUUCAAGGGCGUGCAUAUAGGUAAUGUACCAGUGGGAGGCACAGGAUGCCGGCUAGAUUAUGGGUACCACAACGUACCAUUACUGUGUUUCGUUCUGAAGGGCGCUGUAACUAGUGAAAUUACUGGGCAAAUGAGACUUAACAUCUUAUGUCUCAAGGUGACGAGCGCAGUUGUAGUAUCAUACAGAAUUUUUGGGUUUUCUCAAGAAUCCUGAGUGGCACUGCAUUGUAAUGGGCAGGGCGUAUCAAUUACCAUCAACUGAACGUCCUGCUCGUCUUGUCCCUUAUUUUCAUUAAAAAAAUAUAACACUAGUGUUAAAGUUAAUUACGUUUCAUUUGUUAUUUUUAUAACAAAACCUCUAUUGAAUACCCACUCAUAAAAUUUUUCCUUAUGCUACAUACUACAGGCCUACAGUAAGCAAUCUUUGCAUAUUCUAACCCCCUUGUUUAUAAUGGUCCGCUAACUUAAAACAGCCGCUAAGGAGUGUUUUUUCUCAUUCUGACUUAGGUCAAUAGAAGAAGACAGAGUGAGAAUUAACAAUACUUAAAGUUAGCAGACUAUUAUGAAUAAGGGGUUUAGCUUUACGGUUACCUUUACUUAGCUUUACUUUACCUUGCUAGAAAACCAAUGCACGCCCUUGAUUGGGUUUACUACCCUUAUAUCUUGCUCAGGAUUAUUUGAUAGUUAUAUAUCGCAUAAUUAUAUAUCCUUUUAAAAUAAAUGCCAAACAGUUUUUGGACCUUGGUAUGUCUGUGUAUAAAAGCAAAAUACUGAAACGCUCUAUGAUUUUGUGAAUAAUCUAUUUCUUUUUUGUGUGUGUCGCAUCAUUUAUAUGGGAUUUCUAGCAAUGUAAUACAAAUGUCUUGUUGGCAAUAAAUGAUUUACUUUUCAAAGAAAAGUGUGAUUAAAUGUCAAAGGACUUGUUUAGUAAAUAUAAAAUAGUUGUGUUCUAUGUGCUGUCCCGUAGUACAUCUACGUGACUGGCGGGCUAUAUUAUAAUAGUAAUCAUUUUAUAAUAUUCACGAGACAAUGUUAUGUAUUAGAUAUAAUUGAAUAAAGUGCGACUGAUAUGAUUGUGUAAGUAUUCAUGUGAAUAGGAUAAGUGAACAUUAUAUGUUAUGUACAAUUCUUACAGAGAAUAAACCAUUUUUACUAAA